CGUUGAAGAAUGUACAUCUGCGCAGUCGGAGAAAAGUGCGAUUUUAUUUCUCGUCUCCUCUACUCGUCGCGGUUGUGGCCGUGCGCAUUUACGCGGUUUUGGCGUGGCUUCCUCGGUUCCCUAUCCGCGCAGCUUGACGUACCAAGUGGCUCUUUCUCAAUAUCAUCCGCACGUGAAUGUCUUUUUCUGUCUCCGUAGUUUCUGUUCCGUUUCAGUUAUUUUGUCGCUUGUAGUGUAUUUGACUUCGUUGGUUUGUUUGUCAAAAUGUCUCUUCCUUCUGUGGGCCAUCCGCUCUCACGGUUGGCCACCACCAGGCUGCCUGGCAAAUCAGCUGUUUCUCUGGGCCCCGUGAUAAAGGAAGGCAGUGGAAAGAGUUCGAGAAGAAUAGUUUCUUCUUCGUGCAUCCAAAAAAAUGGGGAAGCGGAGACAAUGCCAAAUCCGUCUAGAUUAGGCGACUCCGGAAAUGUGCGGACCCCGGUGAUGCCACCCACGGCCUCUCCAAUAUUUUCCUUCCAUCAGGCGGAAGCAUCUCUUCCCUAUUCUUCUGCCUUUCCACCUGUUUCCACGAUCCAUCCCGCUUGCUUCAUCCGGUGGAAGCGCACUAAUGCAGGGUUGUUCGACAAUUUUGGGCGCGGCCUGGCCACUGCGACCUUCAGUGGGGAAAACGGUUCAGAAAGUGGCGGGAAAUCUGAUGCAACGAGCGCCACAACGAAUGAUGGCGUCGCCGAUAGUGAAGGCGAAGUUCAUACCUUCAAAGCAGAGACAAAAAAACUGCUACACAUCGUCACUCACUCGCUCUAUACGGACAAAGAGGUCUUCGUCCGCGAGCUGAUCUCCAAUGCUGCUGACGCCCUUGAGAAGCUUCGUUUUCUUCAGGCAACUGCUCAAGUGACCGAUGCAGAUGGAAGUGAAGCUAUGGCCUUGGAGAUCCACCUGAGCACGGAUGCAGCUGCCAAAACGUUCACUCUUCAGGAUACAGGGGUUGGAAUGACUAAGGCGGAGCUGCUGGAGCACCUAGGCACCAUCGCGAAGUCUGGGAGUCUCGAGUUCCUCAUGAAGCAUCAAGGAGAGAAGAACGCCGAUAUCAUAGGCCAGUUCGGCGUGGGCUUCUAUUCCGCGUUUGUCGUAUCUGAUCGCGUUGAUGUUUACACGCGGGCGCACGAAGAAGGCGCGAAGGCUUACUUGUGGAGCUCAGACGGUGCAGGAGAGUUUAAUGUCAAGGAGCUUUCCGAGGAAGAGGCGAGCGAAGCCGGUCUCAAGAGAGGAACCAAAAUCGUUUGUCAUCUAAAGAAAGACUGUCUUGAAUUUUCGAAUAUUCACCAUGUCAAAGAGUGCGCUACAAAGUUCUCCUCUUUUGUCAACUUUCCAAUCUAUGUCAAGGAGGAAGAUGGGAAAAACACAAAGAUCACAUCUCAGCAGGCUCUGUGGCUUCAAACAUCGGCGACGGAGGAUGAGCAUCGGCAGUGUUUCAGGUACUUGAGCAAUACUUCCUGGGGUGAUCCCAUGUACAGUAUCAUGUUCCGCACGGACGCGCCUCUCUCUAUCAAGGCGGUGUUUUAUAUUCCGGAGGACCCUCCCAGCCGACUUUUCCAGCCGGCAAAUGAAGUUGGCGUCUCGCUGCACUCGCGCCGCGUUUUGGUGAAGAAGUCUGCAACAGAUAUCAUUCCCAAGUGGCUUGGAUUUGUCAAGGGUGUCAUCGAUUGUGAUGAUAUUCCCCUCAAUGUCAGCCGAGAAAAUAUGCAAAACUCAGUUCUCAUUGAGAAAUUGUCCCAGAUCCUUGUCCGGAGAAUUCUGAAAUUUCUGGAUGACCAGUCUAAGUCGAACCCAGAGAAGUACCUUGACUUUUACCGGAGAUAUGCGCAGCACCUGAAGGAGGGGGUGCUGGACGACGCACACCAUGGGAGCAAGUUCAAAGACAGUCUUCUGAACCUGCUCAGAUUUCAAACUUCAGAAACGCCAGCUGGCGAACUGAUCUCACUGGACAAGUAUUUCGAGAUGGUCAAACCCGAGCAGCAAAACAUAUACUACUACUGUUGCCCUGGCCGUGAGACCGCCAUGGCAUCGCCAUAUAUGGAGCAGUUCAGAGAGUGGAAGAGACCCGUCCUGCUUUUGAUGGACGAUGUUGACGAGUUCGUAGCAAUGAAUGCUCAGUCCUUCAAAAACAAGAAGUUUGUGGCUAUUGAUGCUCCAGAGGAGGACUUCGAGCCGCUGCUUGAGGAGGACAAGGAGGGAAAGAAGGACAAAAAGCCGGAUACACCUGCCCUGGUUGGCGACCAUCGAAUAGAACUGGAGAGGUUUGUUCAGAACACCCUGGGAAGCCGGGUCUCCUCUGUAAAGUUUUCGGAUCGCCUCGUUAAGACACCUGCAGUCGUCACGGGCUUCUUGUCGUCGACACUGCGGAAGAUGAUGAAGGCCACCCUUCAGGGGGCACCUGAUGCGCAACUGAAAAUGGCGAGUCUACCUGUUAAUUUGGAGCUCAACCCUCACCAUCAGAUGAUUACAUCUCUCUACCACCUUCAGCGCACGAACAGCGAUGUUGCGAAGCUGUUAGUCGAGCAGCUCUACGACAACGCGUGCAUCGCUGCGGGUAUCAUGGAGGAUCCGCGCUCUAUGUUAGAGCGCCUUAACAAUUUGCUCGAAGUGACUGCUCAGUAUGCUUACCACCACAACGAAAGUGCGACAGCGGCUGCAGAUUUGACGUCUCCCAAAGGCGACACAAUGCCGACUGGGGUGGCCGAAGACGACAAAGCACAGCCUGAUUCUUCAUCUGCACAAACCGACUCAACAGCCGGUUCGGAGGUUGAGCCGAGGAAGACGGAGACUGCCGUGCGAGAAGGAGCCAGUGCGUAAUCACGCUGUUUCCGUUUUUCUAAAACGACAUCGUAGCUAUAUAUUUAAUUUUCUAAAAGACGCCAGAGGGUCGUUGAACCCCAUGAGACUCGCUGUGUUGAACAUUGGUGGUUUGUUUUUGUCGCUGUGUGUUCCUUCUUUGUGUUUUCACGUGGUUCCUUUAUGUAUGUUGCCAUGUGUGCGUGACGAGAAUUGACAGUAUGCAGGGUAUGUAUAAGGCAUCCCCACUGAGAGACAUCCCAGCGAGUGAAUCAGCUGUCAUUUUGUGGAACUCGCCAGAGGUCGCUUCUCCCAUUCGGCAGCGACCCUUUAGCAAAAGCGGGCCUCUGGAGAAUCUCAAGUUUUUGAUACUCA